AUGAGCUUCAUUUGUUUUCUGCACAGACGUUUCUCCGCGCUAAUGAGCUAGCUAAAGCUAGCUUAUAUUUAUUUUUAGAAACAUUUAUUAGGAAAAAAUGCAUUUUAACGGUUGUCUUCAUGAAAAUGUAAACGAGAUAGAAAAGAAGGAAGACGGAACUCUGUGUGGACGAGCGGAGACUGUUUAUGAAGCGCUCCUCAUCCCCGAUGAUGCUGCUCUGAGCAGACGCCGCCGGAGGAGCAGCAGAAAGCUGCAGCCGAUUACAAACCCCCGCCUGCCCCGCAGCCGAGGGCGGAUUCAGCCACGGACGCGACGGGAAUGUGAGAGAUCUGCAAACAUCUGCCCGGAGGACUCCUCCCUCAUCUCUCCUGGCGUUUAUCUCCAUCUCUGCAGCAGGUGCCCCCUCCCACCAUCACCGCCGCCAUCCUUACACGAGUGGGUGUCCUGAGAGUGCCGAGCGGACCCGGACACACCAUGAACAGCCAGGACAAAUGGGUCACGCUGACCCCGGCUGAAUUCGCUCUGCUGCAGGAGUACACUCAGUACUCAACAAAAAAGCUGAAGGAUGUUCUGCAGGAGUUUCAUGGAGAUGGAAUUUUGGCCAAAUACAACCCUGAGGAGAAACAGGAAAUACUCAACCAGGAGAUCGACUACAAAGGCUUCAAGGUCUUCAUGCAAACAUUCCUGGAGAGUGAACUCCCCGAGGAAUUCUGCCAACACCUCUUCUUGUCGUUUAGCAACAAGGGACCCAAACCCAGUCCUUCAUCCUCUGACAAACCUCGCGUGUCUGGACUGAAGCUGAUCAAAGCCAACUCCACCCCUCUGAAGACCCCGACCCUCCCCAGGCCUGUGGAUGCGGUGCAGCUUAAGGACAUCGUGUGUUACCUGUCGCUGCUGGAGGGGGGGCGUCCUGAGGACAAACUGGAGUUCAUGUUUCGGCUCUACGACACCGACGGAAACGGGUCUCUGGACAGCUCGGAGCUGGAGCACAUCAUCUCCCAGAUGAUGCGGGUGGCAGAGUACCUGGAGUGGGACGUGACCGAACUCAAACCCAUUCUGCAGGAAAUGAUGCAGGAGAUCGACUACGACCAGGACGGCACGGUGUCGCUGGAGGAGUGGAUCCAGGGAGGGCUGACCACCAUCCCGCUGCUGGUCCUGCUGGGCCUGGAGACGAACGUGAAAGACGACGGGCAGCACGUGUGGAGACUGAAGCACUUCAACAAGCCGGCCUACUGCAACCUGUGUCUCAACAUGCUGAUCGGGCUGGGAAAGCAGGGACUCUGCUGCUCCUUCUGCAAGUACACCGUCCACGAGCGCUGCGUUGGCCGAGCGCCUCAUUCCUGCAUCAAAACGUACGUGAAGUCAAAGAAGAACACAGAGAUCAUGCAUCAUUUCUGGGUGGAGGGGAACUGCCCCACCAAGUGUGACAAGUGUCACAAAACCAUUAAGUGUUACCAAGGCCUGACUGGGCUCCACUGUGUGUGGUGUCAGAUCACGCUCCAUAACAAGUGUGCCUCCCACGUCAAGCCCGAGUGUGACUGCGGACCCCUGAAGGAUCACAUCCUGCCCCCCAACUCAAUCUGCCCCAUCGUCCUGGAGAGGCAGUCCACGCUGAGGAAAGACUCGCGCUCGAGUCAGUCGGGGCGAGGAAAGAUGCAGCGGGCCAACUCGGUCACGGUGGACGGACAAGGACUGCAGAUCACAACAAUAGAGGGCACUCAUCCUCUGCUGGUGUUUGUCAAUCCGAAGAGCGGCGGGAAGCAGGGGGAGAGGAUUUACAGGAAGUUCCAGUAUCUGCUGAACCCGAGACAAGUGUACAACCUGGCCAAGAACGGACCCAUGCCAGGGCUGAACUUCUUCAGGGACGUUCCUGACUGCAGGGUGUUGGCCUGUGGAGGAGACGGCACUGUGGGAUGGAUCCUCGACUUCAUUGAUAAGGCCAACUUGGACAAGAACCCACCUGUGUGCAUCCUUCCUCUUGGCACGGGCAACGACCUGGCAAGGUGUCUGCGCUGGGGAGGAGGUUACGAGGGCGAGAGUCUCUUCAAGAUCCUGCGGGACAUCGAGAACAGCUCCCAGGUGAUGCUGGACCGCUGGAAAAUCGACGUGACUCCUACGGAUAAGGAGGAGCGAGGAGACCCGGUACCGUACAGCAUCAUCAACAACUACUUCUCCAUCGGGGUGGACGCCUCCAUCGCUCAUCGAUUCCACGUCAUGAGGGAGAAGCAUCCUGAGAAGUUCAACAGCAGAACCAAGAAUAAGCUGUGGUACUUUGAGUUCGGCACCUCGGAAACCUUCUCAGCCACAUGCAAGAAGCUCCACGACUUUCUGGAGGUUGAGUGUGACGGUGUCAUUCUGGACCUCAGCAGCAUCUCCCUUGAAGGAAUUGCCAUCCUCAACAUACCCAGCAUGCACGGCGGCUCCAACCUUUGGGGCGAGAGCAAGAAGAGGAGGGGGCACCGCAAAGGCGGAAAGAAGAGCCAAGACAAGCGGACGCCGGUGCUCGACCCCAAAGAGCUCAUGUUCGCCGUUCAAGAUUUGUCUGACCAGCUCCUGGAGGUGGUGGGGCUGGAAGGAGCCAUGGAGAUGGGUCAGAUCUACACGGGUCUGAAGAGCGCAGGAAGACGCCUCGCCCAGUGCUCCUCGGUGACCAUCAGGACGAGUAAAUCUCUUCCCAUGCAGAUUGACGGAGAGCCUUGGAUGCAGACUCCCUGCACGAUCGAGAUCGUCCACAAGAACCAGGCCCCCAUGCUGAUAGGACCGCCUCAGAGCCGGAGCUUCUUCUCUUCGGUCCUCAGACGGAGACGCGCUGACAGCAAAGACUGAAGCCCCGAGAUCCUCACGUUUUCCUCUAAAGUGCCCUCAGAGCGGCUCGAUGCGGCCUGCGUGGGAAACGGCGCCGUCGGCGUGGAGACUCGCGGAGGAGUCCGAAAGAGCGGGACUGGAUCUACUGCAUGUACCGUCCUUUCUAUAAGUGCUUUGUCGUGCUCAGUGACGUGGAAUGAAGCCACAGAUGGACGUGUCUGGUGAUUACUGUACAUUUAAAUAGAUCUUUUAUUUAUUUUUGCACAUUUGGAUGUUAUUUAUGUUUUCUAAUGUUGUCCUGGUCCUGAUGCAUGAAGGGAGACUCGACUCGGACAUAUCUGUAUCUCUCUAAGGACUGAUUGUGUUCGGAUCGCUUCACCUGCUUCAGGAAAGUCUGACAGAUCACCAACAGAUUCACAGUUUGAUCUGAUCCCUGCGUGAUCACUACGACCUCCGUUUACAUCAACUUUCUCUGAGUCCAAACUACAUUUUUAUCAGGUUUAAGUUGAAUCUCCUGCAGACGUUGGUUUGGUUUUCAGACUCUAAAACUGUCUGGAUGUUAAUGUUCUGUAGAACUCAUCGGGUUUGUUAUUUCCUGAAGUAGAUUCUCUUUCCUGAGGAGUUCUGGAGGCCGGCAUGUUUUCUAAGGUCUGAUUCUUUGUCCGCUUUCGUACAGUCAGGUCGUAUUUUUGUACAUGCUAUUAUUUAUUUUUCUGCUUCACACACUUUGUUGCUCCUGCCUGAAAAAAAAAUGUUGGACCUGUUGACCAAACCUGAGAUGGAAACCAUUAAAGACGGAAAAUGAU